AUGGCUGCACAAACUAAGAGGAGAAAGCAUGCGGUACUUCCAGGUAAAGAUGUUAAACGAGGAAGAUCAGAAUUACGAACUAUUACACGUACAUCGCGUCGAGGAAUUUCAACUUCACUACAGGAAGCUGAAAGUGAAGAUCUGAAAAAAAAAAUGGAAGGUGAACUGAACUUGAGCGAGAAUGAUGAUAAUAGUGUAGAAGAAGACGAACUGAAUGAGCAAGAAAAGGGAAAAGCUUAUAAUGCCCUUUUGACUUUACUCAAAUCGGACCAAAUAGUAGUUGAUGGAAAAGAAAGCAAAAGCACAGCGCUAGGGGACGAAAAAAAUAACAAUGGUGGUGUUAAAGUUGAAGACGGAUCUGACGAGGAAAAAGAGUUUGAUGAAGAAGCGGCGGGGUUGAACAUGGAGGAGGAGGAAGAGGAGGAAGAAGAAGAGGAGGAAGAAGAAGAGGAGGAAGAAAACAAUAGUGAUAAUGAGCUGGAUAAUGAAGACUCAGCCAAGGGUAUAAACAAUGACCCCUUUGAAAGUCAUUUUAACCAGGUUUCAGAAGAAUACCUAGACAAAGAGGAAAAACUUGUUUUUUCUGAAAAAGAGAAAUGGAAAAUCCUGGCCAAAGAAGUCUAUUCUGAUUUAUCAUUAAGUUCAUUCACGCAACUACCACCAGGUUCUUCAAUUGAAGUGCCACCAACUCUGCCUAGAGGAAGAAAAGUAUCUGAUUUUUUAUUGAAAAAAAAAGUUUGUGAGACUUUUGCUAACGAGUAUGGAAAAGAGCUAUCAAAGUUAGACUCUGUGCUACUUCGACCAAUUUUGAACUAUCAAGAUAUCAAUUAUCAAUAUAAGAACCAUUCUAAUAAAACGUACCGAAAACUAUAUGUUUUGCACGCACUCAAUCACAUUUACAAAACUAGAGAUAGAAUAAUCAAAAAUACUUUGAAACUAAAUCAAUCGAAGGAAACUGGCGAGGAUUUGGAAUUAAGAGAUCAAGGCUUUACAAGACCCAAAGUACUAAUACUUUUACCAACAAGAGAUGCAUGUAAUGAAAUUGUCGAGAUGAUCAUCAAACUCUCAGGAACUGACCAGCAAGAAAAUAGGAAAAGAUUCACCAGCCAAUUUUUCUCAAGUGACAAGGUUGGAAGGAACAAGCCCAGCGAUUUCCAAGACGCAUUCAACGGCAACAACAACGAUUUUUUUUGUAUUGGAUUGAAAUUAACGCGCAAGAGUUUGAAGUUGUAUUCUUCGUUUUACUCCUCGGAUAUCAUACUAGCUUCACCCAUCGGUUUGUCAAUGAUUUUGGAAAACCAAGACAAGAAGAAAAGACAGUACGAUUUCAUAUCAUCUAUUGAAUUAUUGGUUGUUGACAAGACAAAUCAAAUUGAAAUGCAAAACUGGGACCAUGUAAAUACCGUAAUGAAAUAUGUCAACAAGGUGCCUAAAGAGUUUCAUGACGUUGAUUUCAGUAGGGUGAGAAUGUGGAGUAUAAAUGACCAAGCCAAAUUACUAAGACAAACGUUGGUGUUUUGUGAAUAUCUCACACCAUCCAUAAGCAACCUCAUCUCAUCCAAAUCGUACAACUUAGCAGGCAAGGUAAAAUUUAAGCCAAUUAUAACUUCUGAAAGUAGCAUGAUGAAUUCAAUUGGACUUAGAAUAAGACAAGUAUUCCAAAGAUUUGACAGUGUAUCGCCAGCAGCGGACCCUGAUGCGCGUUUCAAGUACUUUUCAAAUGCAAUUGUUCCUAAUUUACUAAAGACAUCUGCCUAUGGUGAUGGUAUCAUGAUUUGGAUUCCUUCGUAUUUUGACUAUUUACGAAUAAAGUCAUUUUUCAAACAAUCUACGAAAUUCAAUUUUGGAUCAAUCGAUGAAUACAGCUCACAAUCAAAACUAACACGAACAAGACAUGAAUUUGCGACUGGCAAAAUAAACAUAUUAUUAUACACAGAAAGAUUGCACUUUUUUAGACGGUACGAGAUCAAUGGUGUCAAAAGUUUGUUGAUGUAUGCUCCUCCAUCAAACCCUCUUUUUUACAAAGAGUCCAUACGAUUUAUUGGCAAAUCUAUUUUCAAAGAAGAAUGCGAUUUAAACCUAGCAGCUGUUAAAGUCCUCUUCUCCAAAUGGGAUGCUAAUGCUUUGGAAAGAAUUGUGGGGAAUGAAAGAGCUCCAGUAUUGUGCAACUCUCAAAACGAAACGUACGAAUUUAGGUGA